AUGAGAGUUCUCCAGUUUUCGGCCCUGGUGGUGGUGGCCCUCCUGGCAUUCGCAAAGUCCCAUGGCACCAUAGGAAUUCCGAAGCCCGAGCAUAUCGAACAAAACCCCGCUGCAAUUGUGGAAACGCCUCCGGUAGUCCCAUUGCCAGUGCCUUAUGCGGGGAGCUUUUCUCUGCCAAUUGAUCACAGCGGAAGUCACCCCGGCAAUUUCUCAAAUCGUUACUGGGUUCAGGAUCACUACUACAAGCCCGGAGGACCUAUCUUCGUCUAUGAUCCAGCCGAAGCGGAUGGAGCGUGGUUUCUCGCCCACUUGGCGGAGCGCAGAACUUUCUUCAACAAGUAUCUUGAGGAGUUUUCCGGAAUGGGGAUUAUCUGGGAGCAUCGGUACUACGGCGAGAGCUCACCAUUCCCAAUCAAUCUCGAUACCACCGCCGAGCAAAUGCAGUACUUGACCAACGAAAAUUCUCUGAAGGAUUUUGUCGUGUUUGCCAACCAGUUUCAAUGGAAGAGUUUAGGCGUCUCGCCGAAGCAGGUGCCGUGGAUUGUUAUUGGCUCGAGCUACGGUGGAACUCGGGCGGCUACCCUGCGAGAGCUGUAUCCGGAGACAGUAUUUGCUGCUUACGCUUCUUCGGCUAUAGUCCAGCAUCAGAAGGACAUGUCCGUCUACUACGAACAGGUCUACCGAGGAAUGGUCCACUACGGCCUCAAGAACUGCACAUCCUACAUCAAGAAGGCAGUUGACUACGUCGACAUCCAACUCUCCCAUCCCACCACUGCCGCCGGCAUCAAGCGCCAAUAUCUAGGCCGCACGGUCGAAGAAAACAGCAAUGCCGGCUUCGCCGUGACCUUUGCGGCGCCUUACCAGAUGUUCCAAGUGGACGGCGUGGACGAGGUUCUACGUCAAUUCUGCAACUACAUGGACGCCGUGAAGCCGCCGAGGGAAGAGAGCAAGCAGGGAGCAUUCUAUUCCGACCGGUGGGCUGCUUGGCCGCUGCAUGCCGAGCUCGUGAGCAGGUACAACGGGGACGGCAAGAAUUACUGCGAAGGCCCUGUGCGCAAUGAUUAUAAAACGCCGAAUUGCCGUCUCGAUGGCCGCACCUCGCAUCCAACCAUGAUAUCUUGGACAUGGCAGUCUUGCACAGAGUUCGGCUUCUUCCAUCCCACCAAUGUUGGGCCGCACGCCCUCAGCUCCCGCUACAACUCACUGCAAUACCACCAAGACAACUGCUACCGACAGUUCCCAGACGGCCGCAGCUCCGGACUCCUACCAGCCGAGCCGCAGACGGAGAAGCUCAACGCUGUCACAGGGGGCUGGAACAUGCGGCCGAGCCGAGUCUUCUGGACCGCCGGACAGUGGGAUCCCUGGACAGCACUAUCCAUUUUCUCUAGCGAGCCGGGGGCACCAUCGAUACGAGUCACGGACCGGCCGUCGCGGGAGUGCAAUCGGCGGGAGAGUGGGAGGAACCAAGAGGUGUUCGGAUACCUCUUGCCGAACUCGGAGCACUCGUACGACUUCUAUACGGGCGAAAAGCGGGCGAAGAAGCCGAACGCAAUGUUUGCUGCCGCGUUGAGACAGUGGUUGAAGUGUUUCCGGGCAGGAUCUAUGUCGGAUGGAAACUAA